GCGCAGGUUCAGAGGCGAUAGAUCGCGUCCUGGCGACUCGUCAGCGCAGAGCUCGAGCACCGAGUGGCGGCUCCGCUCCUCUCCGCUUCCACUGCUCCGGUUAUAUGGAUGUGUCUGGACGGAAGUAGAGUUACCGGGAGGACAGAACCCAGCUUUACCUUACUGACCAGAACCUUUAGUCUUCACCAUUUGCCUGGAUGUCCUCAAUCGAUGGAGGGAGAAUUGCUCCCACCGAAAAGUGGAAUAUAGCACACAAUGACUUUUCCAAUGCUGAACACCUCUAUGUCAGCCAUGUUGCCAGAUGAUCUUAAGUGCGACGGAGGCGUGAAAAACGUUUCAUUUUUCUAUGCAGUUAGAAACAAGAACAUCAGCGCAGAAUGGAAGACAAGGGACUUUGUGGUGGUGGGAAUUGGAGUCCCUGUUUGCAUCUUUAUCCUCCUCGCCAACUUGCUGGUUAUGGUGGCCAUCGUCAUAAACCGGCGCUACCACUUCCCCAUCUAUUACCUGUUGGGUAACAUGGCGGCCGCGGAUCUGUUCGCCGGCAUCUCCUACCUCAACCUCAUCUUUCACACGGGGCCGUGGACCAUCGGGCUCACAAAGAUGGAGUGGCUCGUGCGAGGAGCGCUGAUUGAGAUGAGUCUAAUGGCAUCUGUGGUGAACCUGCUGGCUGUGGCGUGGGAGAGACACCAGAGCAUCUUCACCAUGCAGCUCCACAGCACCAUGUCCAACCGGCGCGUGCUGCUUUUCAUCGUUGGUAUCUGGGUCAUAGCCAUUGUCAUGGGCCUCGUCCCGACCAUGGGCUGGAACUGCGUGUGCGACCUUAAGUCCUGCUCCACUGUGGCGCCGCUCUACUCCCGCAGCUUCCUGGUGUUCUGGGCUGUGCUCAACCUCAUCACCUUCUCCAUCAUGGUGGCCAUAUACACCCGUAUCUUCAUCUAUGUUCGCCGGAAAAGCCAAAGCACGCUACCGUAUACACUCAGCGUCAGGCAGAAUGACACGCUCGUCAGCCUGAUGAAAACAGUCUCAAUGAUUUUGGGUGCCUUUGUGAUCUGCUGGACCCCCGGGCUGGUCAUCCUGCUGCUGGACGGGUUGGAGUGCACAGGCUGCCAGGUGCUGAAAUACGAGAAGUACUGCCUGGUCCUGGCUGAGUGCAACUCCCUGGUGAACCCAAUCAUCUACUCAUGCCGCGACGAGGACAUGAGGAACACGUUUAAGCGCAUCCUGUGUUUCCUGUGUCGGCGGGACAGGGAGCAGGAGGUCGAGCCGGGCGCCAUACACUCGGACACUUUGAAAUCAGAGAGGCUGUUGAUGGAGAAAUGCUCAGACAACUAUAACCACAACCACAGAGAACGCUCGUCUUCCUGAACUCUGGGUUUAGUCAAAAAGGCUGCAAGACUUGAAUGUACUGUGUCCGAGUGUGUGCUUCUGUGAACGGCACAAGGAACAUGUAAAUGUAGCGGGUGAUUCGAUUUGUACGCGUCACAUCCCUCACGUUGCUUAUGCAACAAAUUUCUCUUCGCUCUCGACAUCCAAGAUCUAAGGUUAUCCGUUGUUUAGUUCUUUAGAAAUAAAUGUCAUAUGACUAUCUCUACCCUGAUUAUUUUACUUAGAACCCUGAUGUUUUAUUCAUUUUACACCAAAGCAAAGGAUUUACUGACAAUCAUUUCAUAACUUCACAUAAUUGUAACAAGUGCAUUAAUAUAAACCUGAGAGUUGCACUGUAAAUUUUUAACUGCCAUGGUUCAGUUUCAGAAAACUAAUCAAUCAGAUUUUAGAGCUAAACACCACUGUGGUAUUAAAAGCUAUAGAAGAAAAUAGGAAGUAAAACGAGACAACUGGCAAAUGUUCAGCAAGACCAAUUGAUAAAAUAACUCCACCCGGUCCUCCUUUAUAUAUGAGGAAAAGUCCAAAAUUAUUCACACUCUGGCUGUAGAAUAUUUUUAAGUAACAUUUGGAAAAGACAAAUGCAUAUUUUUUUAUUUUUUAUUUUUUUUUUUUACAUAAUUUCCUCCUUUAAAUGUUUUAGGCUGUUGGGUGUGCUAUGAAUGCAUGCACUGCUUUAACACCUCAAAGAGUUUCAACAUUGUGGGCUGAAGUGUGCGGACAUGCAUUGUCAUGCAAGAUCACAACGCCGUCCUCUGCAUUUAAUCCGUUUAAGCUUCAGGUCUUUAAUAAGCAUCUCACUGUAAAUUUCCAGCUGAUGUUUAACUUUUGAAUUUUUUCUUGGUUGGCGAUUGGUGAUGUUUCCGUUCCAUACUCUUAGGCUUGCAGUGAUGAAUCCAUGUUUCUCACCAAUAAUGAUUAACUUUAAUCUUACUUAAAAUAUCACUCCAUUUUGUGUUUGCAGAUAUUCAAACACCGCCAGGAGUCGUUUUAGUACCAGGCACACCCGCAGACCACAAACACAAAAUAAAUCACUGCACGCUGCUCUUCUUUCCUGUUAAUCAGAAGUGAGGCAUCAAUUUUGCUUGCACUGCAGUUACAAAUUAACUAUUGUAACGCGGAAUGGAAAGCACAGGUUACAUAAGAAUGUAACCGGAGUUCGGAUAAUUUUUGACUUACCCUCGUAAUUUCAAAUCAUGCUUAAAAAAAAAUCAAAAACCCAUAGCUGACACGUAACAAUGUCUGCAUCAGGUUUGACACCCUGUAUACAAUCACUGUAGUCCCUCACUGUCCCUGAAAACAGUUUUUGAAAAAGUUUUCGUGCCCUGUACAGUCGUGUUGUACCAUUAUCACAAGAAACUGCACUUUUUGUCAUAGUGUCGACAGAUCCUUAUUUUAAUAACAAACAUCUUUUAAGUUAAAUGGUUGUCUCAGUUUCGUUAAAUUGCAUCUAAAAAAAAAGCAUACUAGCAAAUAAAAAACAGCUACGAUUAUGGCUCUACAUGCUGUUUAUAUAAUGUCAAGUAUUGGGAAAUUUUAUGAUUAAAUUAUUGCUGUAUAGCAUACUCACCCUUUGUGCAAACAAUUCUGCUAUCAUAUAAACAUUGACAUUUCAACA